GGGGCUCAACACCAUCUACCGUGACUACACAGCCUACCAGACCUUCCUGUACCGCCGCUGCCAGCUCAUCCCUGUUUCCUGAUGCUGGCACCGCAUGCCUGGCUGGCACGUUGCUUAGAUCUGCUGCAAGAGGACAGGCCGCUUGAAUUCUUUGUGUGGCUGGGAUGAAAUGAUCCAGAGCCGAGGGAUAUGGAACAUCUCAGCUGUCCAUCCGCUCGUUAACUCUGUCUUUUCUUAUGAAAGCGCACGUCUCUUAUCCUCCCCUCCAACGACAGCGUUAUAGUCAUGGCUCUGUGGCUUUUUCUCCCCCUUUGCCUGCUCCUGGUGGCCUUGUUAUUGCCUGUGACACCGUGCUAUGUGCUGCCCAGCCCCAGAGGUGGCCGCAGGACUUCGCUCACGCUGAGGGCAUUUAAUUGUGUCAGUGGCCAAGCGCGACCUAGAAAGUCGUGCCAGCCCUAGCUGGCAAACGUAGAGGUUGCAGGAGGGAACUGGCGUGAUGGAACGGGGACGUGAGCUGCCUUCCUGGAGGUGUUCUUGUCUCUGGACUGCACGGGGGGUCAUAUUCGCUAUUUCUGGAUGACUGUACCUUGCCAUCUGCUCCCAACACCUGCGUUACUCUGGAGUUUCUGUCUUUUGGCAGUGGCUCUCCCGUGCUGCGCCUAAGGAUGGCCCCUCUGCUGCUGCAACUGUGCUAAGUGUCCCGAUUACAAUUAAGGACAUGGGAGAAGCCCUUGCCCUGAACUCCAGCGGAGAAGGUCCCGAGCACUUGGUCACUGCAGUGUUUGGAUGGUGGCCGUGUUAGCUGUAAGGUCACAGGGUGAGUUUUAUUCCCUGUUAUCCCUGCAGUGAAUGUCUGUAGGGAAGCCACAAGCUGCUGCGAGCGUGUUUGGAUUUUGCUGCUGGGACUGUGUACGAUAGAGGCCCCCGGAGCCAUCGGGAGGAGGGCGCUUGGCCAGGGCUGGAGGAAUCGAACGUUCUGCUCAGCCUCGCCAGCGCCCUGCGCUCCCAUAGCUCGGAGCGGAUGGUUUCUGGCCCUCGUCUGCCGCACGGGGAGAGUUGAACCGGGCUCCCUGGGGAGCACGGAGCCUCGCCAGGACUCGUGGGGUGGGAUUUUAUUGUCUCUGUCCAUACGCGGAUUCCUUUUCUGCUUUGUGAGAGGGACACAGGCACGUGAUCACAGGAGCGUUUUAAGGGGGCGAAGGCUGUGGGCUGCAGAGAAGAGCUGUUCUGCUGCCAAAACUGCUUCUUUUGGACCCCGCUGGGUCCUGCUCUGUCCUGCUGUCCCCAACAGCAGCGUGAGGACCUUCCUGAUGUCGGCUAGCGAGAGGCUGCUGAAAACGUGCCAUCAUCGGAAGGUCCCUGCGACUGCUCCCUUCUUGUUGCUUCUGGCUGAGAUCAACCGUGUCUUCGGUGUUUAAAAAAUGCAGGUUUUUGUCAUGGUAACAAGGCAGCGCAGAGGAGGGAAGCCAGGCAGAGAUAAGAGCCCUCCCUUCUGCUCUCCCCUGAGCCCUGAGUUUAUCUGCAGUUUCCUGGCAGGGUGGUGAGCGCUGGCACCAGGGGGCUGUGCUGUGAGACAAGAGAAAGGGUGUAAAAGGGAUGUUCAGGCGGAGUGGCACGGCCAUUAAAUGUGUAUUGUGUAAUCAUCUUAGGGAGCAGGGAGUGAGGAAAAGACAGGGGUUAAUGGGCAAAGGCAAGACAAGGAAAGCCCUGCACGCCGCUGCAUGAGGUGAUGCGAGAGAGCCCUAGGAAACAUAACCCUUUCUGUCCGAAGGCUCACGGCGCUUCCCAGAGGUGUACGUCCUGCCCCGGUGGGAGGCAAACCUCUAGAAGCCAUUUUAUUUUCACGGAGACAUCCAGAGAGUUGUGGCACAUGGGCUAAGAGCACGUCAUGGCUCUUGUUCUGUUGCGGGGUGGCCCUCGCUCAGCGCCUUAAUCCUCGUACGCGCGCAACACUCGCAAAUCCGGCAGGGACGGAGCUGAUUCCUCAAGCUGGGAGCGUGCGCUUCUGCAAGGCUCCGCAUUGUCCUGUCUUGUCUCCCCAUAGGGUCAGGGUAGAGCUGCUGACUCGCCUUUUUAUCUGCUGGGAUCCCCUCUCUCUGGCUUUCCAGGGACCCUUGUGUGGCUCCAGGGUCAGCGGGGAGAAGCCACCGGGUCCCAGCAGUGGGUCGGGGAAGGAGGAGACCCUUCAGAGCCGGGCAGGGUGUCAGCUCCUGGUGGGACCGGCGUAAGCCUGGCCAGACUCUAGGUGGGGCUGAAGAGUUGGAGAUCUUGCACCGAGCCUGGCCUGGGUUUUACUUGGGUUUGGGCACCCAGGAGCAUUCCUGAAUGGAAAGUCCUUGGCCGCGGUCCCACGGCCCCUGCACCCGGAGAUCCUGGGAGAGGGGAGAGACCCUCUCCCGGCGCUGGGGCCCCAAAGCGCUCAGAGAGGGGCUUCCCGCCCCACGAGGAGGUGGCUGUGUCCAUCUCGUGCAGCUGACACGAGGGAGGUUUGCAGAGAUCCCCAUCCCGUGGGCGAAGGCUGAGUCACGGGCUGAGGGCUGUGUGCCGACAGGCGGGAGGAGGGAGAUGCCAAGCGCAGGAUGGAGCUGCCUCAACCUGGCCGAGGCUCCAGCCCCUCUGAGAGCACCACGGCCUCUCAUGUCACCCUGCAUCGCAGCGGGGACAACAGGCACCUUCCCAGUGCCGGUGUCACCCGUUAACUCAUGCUGUGACGUGCCUUCCUUCCUUCUUUCCCUCUCCCGUUGUUGUUGGGCUCUCUUUAAUAGCGUUCGCUAUGAUUCAUGUUUGCUUGUGGCAGCAAAUGGUGGUGCGCAUAAAAUAAAACACGGUCCCCUUCCCUUGCCGGGAGGGAGACAGACAAUUCCAGUUAGCCUUUGGAGACAGCUAAAGCUUUGCGAGGCUUCAGCCCAGCUCAUUUUCGAUGGCUGAGAUCAGCCCAAUUCAGCACAGCAGGUCCUGCCCAGCAUGGCUGCGAGCAACUCGAAAAUCCUUAAAACUCUGGCGGCCAAAUGCUGAGUAACAUUUUUAAUGCCUGUUUUGUCUUAUCCCCAGCCCGUGCCCGGGGUGGAAAGCUCUGGUGCUCUGCAAACGUGACAACCGUGAUUAAAGUGGAAGUUUCUAAAGCUGCAUUAACCCUUGAGGGAGGGCGCAGACCCCCUUCUCUUCUCUUUUACAACAUCUCGGGGCUGUGCUAAUGGUGAUGGCCGCGCUGAGAACCACCAGUUCCCGGUUUUUAUGCUUUUACCCUGGCUGAACACCGGCAGGCAGGGUAAAAGUCCCCACGCCGUGCCUGCCCACGCAGGUGUAAUUUGUCGCUGGGUUUUAGAGCGGCACCACACAAACCCCAGUACGAGCUGGUAGAAAACCAGCGCUCGCAUGGUUAAAAAGCGCUGGGAAAGAUGUAUUGCUCACUCUGUAAUUGCACAAGCUGAACGCGAGCCAGUUCUUGAUUUCUUAGAAAUAAGUGAAGCGAUGUCCCAGACCAGUUUUCCCUUCGCCGCCAGUUGGCCCGGCCAUGCCGUGCGAGGAGCCCAGAUCCAGUUGCAGCCUGUUCCAACCCCUGGGAACGGCUCUUGGGAAAGGAAGGACGUGGAUCCGCAUGCGGCGCGGCCCUCGGCUCUCGCCUGCGGGAACUGGAACGUCCGAGGGAGAAUUCCCCCCGGCACAGCCACUGGGACCCGGGGAACACGGAUUCUGGAUGGUGCUGAGUGAAGGCCGUAGAUGGGAUGGGAGAUGGAGGGGGGUUUUGGGGGGCACCGAGCAGCACCGCAGCAGAGAGGGGGUUAUCCACGGCUCUCGCACACAUCUCCCCGGCGUGGUCCAUGCAGGGCCGCUGCUGCUGGGCCCCGUCAACCAUCCUGCUGCCGGACACGUCCCCGUGGGGGGCCGCGGUCCAGACCCCAACCUCGGGGCGGCCGGAGGAGCCGGGGACCGGGGCUGCGAUGGGACCCGACACCCCCCCGGAGCCGGGAAGAGCCGGGGGAGGGGGGGGCCGGCCCGCACAUGCUCGCUGCCUUGUUUUGCAGGGCCCGGCGGGGCCGCCCCGUCCCGUCCCGUCCCGCCCCACCGGGGCCGCCCCCGGGCGCGCCGGGCACUUAAAGCGCGGCGGGCGGCGGCGGGGCCGGGCUGCGCCGGGGACCGGGCUCGCUCGCCAUGAUCUUCGAUCGCCUCAAACGCUUCUCGAUCGUGCUGGAGGGUACGGAGAGGGACGGCCCGGCCGCCUUCAGCCCCGGGCAGGCGGUGUCGGGCCGGGUGGUGCUGGAGCUGGCGGCGGCGGCGCGGCUGGGAGCCCUGAGGCUGCGGGCGAUGGGCGCCGCCCGCGUUCACUGGACCGAGUCCCGCAGCGCCGGCUCCAGCACCGCCUACACGCAGAGCUACAGCGACCAGGUGGAGUUUCUCAGCCACCGCGACACGCUGCUGGCACCCCCAGACAAUGGUGAGGUCACCGUCCUGCAGGCAGGAAGGCACGAGUUCCCCUUCACCUUCCAGCUCCCCGAGACCCUGGCUACCUCCUUCGAGGGGAAGCACGGCAGCGUGCGCUACUGGGUGAAAGCCAAACUGCACAGACCCUGGUCGACAGUGAAGAAGGUGAAGAAGGAGUUCACUGUGAUUGAACCCAUCGACAUCAACACGCCUGCGCUGCUGGCUCCCCAGGCGGGUGCUAAGGAGAAGCUUGCUCGUGCCUGGUACUGCAAUCGUGGCCAGGUUUCCGUGACUGCCAAGAUAGACCGAAAAGGCUACACCCCAGGUGAGGUCAUCCCUAUCUUUGCUGAGAUCGACAACUGCACAAGCCGAGCGGUGGUGCCCAAGGCGGCCAUCAUCCAGACUCAGACCUUCAUCGCUCGAGGCACCAAGAAGCAGAAGAAGUCGGUGGUGACCAGCAUCGUUGGUGACUCCAUUGCAGCGGGGAAGCGGGAAGUGUGGCACGGGCGGGCGCUGAAGAUCCCGCCGGUGGGUCCAUCCAUCCUCCAGUGCCGCAUCAUCCAGGUGGAAUACUCCCUGAAGGUUUGUGUGGACAUUCCUGGGACGUCCAAGCUGCUCCUUGAACUGCCACUUGUCAUCGGAACGAUCCCGCUGCACCCGUUCGGGAGCCGCACGUCCAGCGUCAGCAGCCAGUACAGCGUCAACCUGGACUGGCUGAGCACCAUCCCGGAGCAGCCCGAGGCUCCCCCUGAAUACUCGGCGGUGGUGUCCAGCCCGGAGGCUGAGCAGAGCCUGGCUCCACCGUGCCGCAGUGAACUCGGCGGCAUCCUGGAAGGUCCAUUCUUCGCCUACAUCCAGGAGUUUCGCUUCCGACCACCUCCGCUCUAUUCAGAGAUUGAUCCAAACCCCCCUUCAGACAACAUCCGUCCGCGCUGCAUGACCUGUUGAGAGAAGCGCAUCGGAUGCGGUUGACAGCAUGGCGAUCCUUUGGGAUGAACGCUUGCACCCUCACAGCACUUCGGUCUGGAAAAAUGGGUCCGCGGCGGCCGUGAGACCAGAGCUCCCGCCGCGCCAAGACCCCGGCUCCGCUCACUGCCCCCGGCUGCUCUCGUCGUGACUGUCCCACGGACCGGCACCGAGCGUGGUGUCCUGGGCUCGUGCGUGGGAGGAGAACACGUGAGACCCCGCGGUGCGGAGCGGCUCCGUGUGUGGUUGGGCAGGACACGGAGGGUUAAUAACUGCCCCAGGAUUUUGGGGUACAAAGGGGGGGUAUUUGCUCUCCCCUUGCCUGCAGGGGCCGGGCUCUGGCAACUCCUGUCACAGAAAACAGGAGCUUGGAGGUGUCUCUCAGGAUUACUAGAGAAUAUUGUAGCCUUGCUCGGGGUUGGAGUCCCAUGGUGAUGCAGGUGUGGCCGUUCUCCUGCAGUAGCUCACCAGGAUUGCAAUUCCCUAAGGAAGGGAAGGGCCUUUUCCUGGUCAGAUGAAGCAGAGACUUCGUCCGCUGCUGAUAAGCUUUGCCGCGAGCCUGGUGAUGCCUGCAGGGGGAAUGGCCUGAGCUGGUCUGCCGGAGCGGUAAAGGCUUCCGUGGGCUGUUGCCGGGGCAGAGGACUUGGGGGACGGAUCUGUGAUCUGCGGCAGCGUUUUAGUGCCGUUUCUCAAGAACAGGAAAGCUGGUUCCUGUACGCCAGCACCAAACCUGCGCGGUGGGAUGGUGCCUCCCCCGUGACGGGGCUGAAAACCGACCCCCAAAGCGCGGUACCACCACAGGGGUGUUGGAGCUGGGGCUGCGGCGUCUCCCUGGUGGCCAAGGAGAUGGGAAGGAAGCCCGGUGCGAGGCUGGUGUCAGGCACGCGCGCUGAUGGGAGAUGUGGAGUUGAAAUGGGUCCUUUGGGGCCAGGAGUCCUGCUGAGGAUGGGCUCGAUCCUGUGCCCGCAGAGGGGGGGUGGCCCCGGCACGGUGGGAACACACACAACCCGCGCUCGGCGGUGGGGAGGUGGAGAGCCGGGUGCCGCGGCUGGGACCGUUGGAGCGUGCGUGCCGGGGGCUGACCCCGCUCGGCUCCGGCGCCGCCCGAGCAGAGUUUGGGUGCUGAGGACCUUUGCAUUCCCUCACUGAGACAAUCCUGCCCGUGGGGCUGCUCGCGCCCCGCGCACAACCAAAGCCAAGAGUGCCUUAGCCUCCGCGCUGGGCCGCGCUCUGCACGCCGGGGAUUGCUCAGAUGACUUUUUUUUUUUUUUUCUUUUUGUAUCUGUGAACACUUUUGUAAUGACCACUCUUUGUCUCCGAUUAUCCUUUUUGUACGACUUCUUGUUGGGGAAUUUUUCUCUGAAAUAAAUUCUUUAAACCCA